UCGGUUAAUACUAUAUUCUAUAAUAAGCAAGUUGAAGUUGAUGAAUUACAGACGGGAAGUAAAUAUCGCUCAGAUUGGAAGCCACGAAUUAAUUAAUUCACAAUUUAGCGGCCGCCACAUGUGUUAUUCACGAGUCCGAGUGAACGUUUAGUAUACAUAACCUUGUUCCCGUCAAUUCAUUACAAAAGCAAAAAUGGCAAAAACACACUCAAUGACGAAGGCACCUCGCAAGCAGGGCUUUAAUCGCUCUGCCCAUAGUAUGAAUCCUGAGAGGUCGGUGGAGAAUCUCAAAGGUGUUGCCAAGGUCAGAUCAAAAGGAACGAUAAAGCGAUUACAAAUGUAUCGUAAUCAGAAAGCAAAGCGUAAUAGAGUUGGAAAAAUUAUUAGUCCAGCUCCUUUUCAAGGAUGGCUUGCAUCUGGGACGGUGUCAAGAGUCGAACCAUCACCGAGAUGGUUUGGUAAUUCUAGGGUGAUUUCUCAGAAUGCGCUUCAGAAAUUUCAGAAAGAGUUAGGAGCGGUUAGAGAAGAUCCGUACCAAGUCAUUAUGAAGCCGUCUAUAUUGCCUAUAACUUUACUUCAAGAGAAGGCGAAAAAUGAAAAAGUACAUAUUUUAGAAACUGAGAAUUUUGAUAGAGUGUUUGGUCCUAAGAAACAAAGAAAACGUCCUAACUUGACGGUAUCUUCGUACAAUGAAUUUCAACAAAAAGCAGAGGAGAAGGUAGAAAUUUACGAUCAAGAAAAAGAGACUAAAGAUCAUGAUUUAAUAAGACCGGAUGAAGGAGUUAAAGAUGCUCAAAGGGAUUGGGUGAUGGCAGCAGGACAAAGUAAAAGAAUUUGGAACGAACUGUAUAAAGUGAUCGAUUCCUCGGAUGUUGUUUUACAAGUAUUAGAUGCUAGGGAUCCGAUGGGAACUCGUUCACCUCCAGUAGAGAAAUAUCUUAAAAAGGAGAAAGCUCAUAAGCAUCUAAUUUUUGUGUUGAACAAAGUUGAUCUUGUGCCUACAUGGGUAACUCAAAGAUGGGUUGCAAUCCUCAGUGCCGAAUAUCCAACAAUAGCUUUCCAUGCUUCGUUAACCCAUCCGUUUGGAAAGGGUUCUCUAAUAAAUCUCUUACGUCAGUUUGCAAAGUUACACGCAGAUAAAAAACAAAUUAGCGUUGGUUUGAUAGGAUAUCCUAACACAGGAAAGAGUUCGAUCAUUAAUACACUUAGAUCUAAAAAAGUUUGUAAAGUGGCUCCAAUUGCAGGAGAAACAAAAGUAUGGCAAUACGUAACAUUGAUGCGACGAAUCUAUUUGAUCGACUGUCCUGGGAUAGUUUAUCCUUCAGCAGAAACGGAUACAGAAAAAGUUUUAAAGGGGGUAGUUAGGAUUGAACUUAUACAAAAUCCUGAAGAUUAUAUUAUAUCGGUAUUAGAAAGAGUUAAACCAGAGUACAUUAAGAAGACUUAUAAAAUUUUAGAAUGGAGCGAUCAUGUAGAUUUCUUGGAAAAACUUGCUCAAAGAACUGGGAAACUUUUGAAGAAAGGAGAACCUGAUAUUAAUCAAGUUUCACGUAUGGUCUUAAAUGAUUGGCAACGUGGUAAAUUACCAUUUUAUGUUAUGCCAGCUGGAUUUGAGGAGCCGCUCGCAAAAGAGUCUGUAUCUCAAGCAUCUGAUUGUGCAAAUACUUUGACACCAGCUGCUGAUAAAACUGACGAACAUUCAGAAAGUAAAACACCGUCUGAAAAAAAUCCAAUUGGCGUAAUACAAGAUUUUAGGAAGAUUAGGGUAGGAUUGCCAUAUUCGAGCGAAGAUUUGAAAACCGAUAUUUGUGAAGUGGAAUCGACUCAUUCGGAAAAUGAUAUAAGUAGAACUUUAAGUUGCGAGCCAUCGAUUAUUAAUAAUUCUAACAAUGAAAAUGACGAGAUUGAAAAUAUAAGUGAAAAUAAAAAUGAGCUUGAUAACUCUCAGAAUAUUCAAAAUGAAGUUGUAGCAGAUAAAAAUGAAAUACUAGCGGAUGCAACAGAAAAUAUAUGUACUAAAGUCUUGGAAAAUUCAAAUAACGAAGAUACUACUUUAAAUUCAGAAAAUAAUGAAAAUUCAAUUGAAAAAGAUCAUUUAUUACAAAGUGUUUAUGAUGAAGUUGAUACCGAAUAUAUGGAUUCUAGUGACAGUGAAUUAGAAAAUUUGAAAAUUACUUCGACUAGUGGUAUUUUUCAAAUAUCAAAUAUAAACAAUCAUAAUAACAAACCAGUUUAUUUAACAAGUAAGCAACGCAGAGCAUUAGAAAGAUCAAAUAAGAGAAAGAAAAUAGGAAGUAAUUUCUAUGAGGUUGCUAAUGUGAAAAACAGAAAUCGAAAUCGCAAAAUAGCUAAAGUAAAAAGAAAUUAA